AUGGCCUAUAAAGAUAUCGUGCCUAUUGGCAGUGCCCUCAUUAUUGCGGCUACCUCGUUCGGAUUGGGUACCGUGUACGCCCAAUGGCCUUAUGACUUGCACACCUUAUGGAGAUACCAGCCAGAAGCUUUCGAUGUCUCGAUUGCCCACUAUCGUCAAUGGGGUGAGUCGCCUAUGUACGUCCACCACGUGUUCCAUUUCGUGAUGUUCUUGGGGUUGCUUGGUUCGUUCAUCAAGUUGUACAAGCCUAGUGAAGAUGCGAAGUACUUCGAGUACGGGUCUUUGAUCUUGUACAUGGUGGCUAUCAUCAUCUACCUCACCAACCUCAGAAUCGGUGUCAAUUCGUGUUUGACUGGACAGUGGGGUGAUGUUGACAAGAACACCGGGGUCAACGUGAUUGCUGCUUCGGAAAUCAUGAUUUUGUUGGCCCUCGUUGGUGUAUUGGUCUUGCAAGGAGGAUUGUACUACGCUGAAUGGUACGACAACAAGUUGAGAACCGAGUUUUUCAAGAAAGAGGCUGAGGAGGCUGCUGCUGCUGCUGCCGAUGCUGCU